AUGGCUGCCGCUUGCGCCUCGCAUUCGCCCGCCCCCGUGCUGAUUCCUCCGUCGAUCUCUCCGCCGAUUCUUCCGCUGAUUCCUCCGCUGCCCGAUGACGUCAGCAUCGCGUGCCUGGCUCGCCUCAAUCUCUGGGACCUCGCGGUCGCGCGCUGCGUCUCCCGCGGCUGGGCGGCGGCGAUUGCGAGCGACGCGUUCGCGCAGCAGCGGCGGCGGCAGCAGGCGCUCGGCGCGCAGAGGGUGCGGAGGGUGGUGACGCGCCACGGGGCGGACUGCGCGUCAUGCGCGCAACGCGCGGAUUGCGCGGAAUGCGCGUCGUCCUCUACGUGCUGCCCACACAGGGACGCCCGCGAUUGUAUAGAAGGUAGAAGCGAAUGUGAUGUUAACGGGGUAAACGGCUAUGUGUGUCUGUGCGCGGCGAGCAGGCGGCAUCCCGGCCGCCUAGACUGGUUCGCCUUCGACCUCUCCGCUCCUUCGCGCGCCGCCGACGCCCUUCCCCCCGCCUCCGCCGCCUCCGCCGCUUCCGCCGCCGAUUGCGGCGGCAGCAAGGGAACGCGAUGGACGUUUAGCGGAAGCGCCUGUAACGAAUCGCGUCGGAACGCGGAGGGCGCAGGAAGCUCCUGUAGCAGCGGCGGCAGCAGAUUCCGACUGUCAGCAUGUGGACGGUCAGGAUGCGGCGGGCUCUGUGGAUCCAAUGGUUACGGAAGAUGGCGCCGGCUGCCGCCCAUCCCGCCGUCCAAUCCGCACGGGUCGCAGCGCUGCCGCCAUUUCUCAGUCGCCGCCAUUCCCGGUUGGGGCCUCGCGAUUGCAGGGGGAGUGGUACUGGGGACGGGAGAGGCGGUCCGCCACGUGUCACUGUUUGAUUGGCUGGCGGGGCGGUGGGUGCAGGUGCAGCAUGAGGGGUUUUCAGCGCGGUUGGAUCCGGUGGUGGUGUGGGCGGGGGGGAGGCUGUUCGUGGGGGGAGGAGGGGAGAUCGGGGGAAAGGGGAAGAUGGGCGGAAGGGGGAACGUUUGGGGCGCAGGUAUGGGCGGAGUGCAAGGAGGGGGAGAAGUGGAGGGGGAGAGGAUGAGAGUGAAUGUAACAACCGCACUUCACCCCUCCAUCUCCCCCCGCUCCUGCGACAUCAUCCGUGCUGGUAACCGCGUGUACGCGCGUUACCGCCACCGCCUCACCUGCUUCUCCGACCACCCCACGUCCCCCUCAGCCGCCCCUGCUACAGCUGCUGCUACAGCCAGUGCCAGUGGUGGCGGGUGUGUGCUACAGCUGGAUUUGAAGCAGGUGGUGGUAGCGGGGGGAAGGCUGUUUGCGCUCGUGCUGCUGGUGGACCGAGGGAGGCAUGAGAUGAGGGAGAUGGGUGUGCAUGGGAAGCUCGCAGGUGUGGUGGGGCCGGGAAUAGAGCUCCCAGGGGAGGCAUAUGUGGCGCAUGCGGUGGGGCUGUGUCUCUAA